UGGACCUAGACAUCUCUAGCCAACAGUACAUCACUGUUAAGGUGCGGUCCAGAGCUAUAGUGUCCACUAAACUGCUAGGAAGUGCUCCCAGGUGCUGGCUUGGUGUGAUAACGUGCAUCGGGAGUUUGGGUGAACUGUUUAGCCUCCUGGUCAGGCGGUUGCAGAUGGACGUCCAAAGCGUUCCACUGAACGACACCCACGUCACCGAUCCCGUCUACCACAUCCUCUCGGGCUCGUUCCGCUCAAUAUCCCUCUUCCUGCUCGCCUUCUCACCGGUGAAACGGUCGCUAUCCCAUCUGCAAACCAUUCCAGCAUUCGGACCUCAUCAAUAUCUUGCAACCAAUGGACUCAAGGACAGGGUGUACGCGACGAGCUGGGCACUCCCUCCCAAGCUCUCCAGUUGGCAGGUCGAACGUUCAGACCCUUGGAGGAUCAGUCCAAUCGACGCUACUGAUAUCAGUGCAACGUCGUCGUAUAUAACGGUCCCACCACCGUUCACACACAUUUAUUCUGCGGGAGGACCGACGGGAGAAGUCCAUCGAAUAAACCCAGAAACAGGUGGAUUUGGGGAGAAGGUGCAAGAGAUACUCUUCGUGGCGAAAGAGGACCUGCCGACCGCGGACAAGACAAGAGUGGCUUUAGGGUACGGGUCUCACGCCGUCGAGUUCACUCCAUCGUUGGAACAUGCUUUCAUACCUGUGCUAGGGAGCAAUUCGAUUGAGGUGUAUAAGCACGAAUCUGCGACUGGCCACCUCACACAUAUCGCGUCCGUCGGCUCUCCAAGGGGGUUAGACGCGAAGGAUGGUCCUCGGCACGUCAAGAUACACCCCAACGGCAAGAUCCUAUACUGCGUCACUGAGCACAGCAACUUGGUCGACGCCUAUCGCAUCCUACCUUCCACCCUCGAAUACCUCUCCUCUCGCUCUCUGCUCCCUCAAAACCUCUCUUCAGGCGAGUCCUCGCACCGCUUCCGGGGCGACACCCUGAUGCUCCUGCCACCCACCCCUCUCCGCCCGAUCCCCUCGGCCUUGGUCGCGACCACACGCGGAUCGGGUUCGAGCACCCGCGGAUGGCUUAGCAUAUUCUCACUAGACGAUGAAGGCCACUUCAGAGACGAUAAUGUUGAACGCUUUGAGACGCCCACGUCGGGUGGUAAGGCCAACGCGAUCAAUAUCCGGCCCAAGGACGCUGCGUUUUCUGAGGCCGAUGGGAAUGGCUACUGGAUUGUCCUGACUGACGAUGAUGAUACUACGGCUUCACUAGAUGGUGUUGGCGCUGUACGUGUGCUUGAGUGGGAUGGGUGGGGGACCGGUGGGGUCAAGGUUGCUGCUGAGUGGCCAUCUACUGGUGAUGAAGGUAGGCAAGGAGAGGAGAGGAUACAGGGUGCAAGUCAUGCCAUUUGGUUGGAUUAAA